AUGAGCCUACGGUUCUGUCAUCAAAAGUUGCCCAGUCGGACGUUUCUGCGGACGCUAGUCGGUGCGGCAGCACCUGCUGCGACUGUGAACUCUGGAAUGCGAAAAGCCCCAGCAAAUGGCUCGACAUCUAACUCCACUCUGCUCAAUGGGAAGAGUCUGACCAGCAGUCUCGGUGGAGUCGCGCUGGAGACCGCCGAUUCUUCGACAAGAGAGCAACCCAAAGGUCAGGCAGAUAAGGGCAUCGACUGGUACACGUCGUGGUAUGGAAUUGGAGCGAAACCUUUCGAUGCCACUGUCCAGAAACAGCUGGCAGAUUCAUUGCAGCCGGAGGACAUUGAGGUUAAACCCGACGGACUGAUCUAUUUGCCCGAGAUUAAGUAUCGUCGCAUCCUGAACAAGGCAUUCGGAGCAGGAGGCUGGGGUCUGGUGCCUCGGUCGGAGACGAUAGUGACGUCCAAGCUGGUCACACGAGAGUACGGUCUGAUCUGCCACGGGCAGCUGGUCAGCGUGGCCCGCGGCGAGCAGGACUACUUCAGCGAGGCCGGCAUACCGACCGCGACGGAGGGUUGCAAAAGUAAUGCACUGAUGAGGUGUUGCAAGGACCUCGGGGUAGGCUCUGAGCUGUGGGACCCGGUCUUCAUCAAGAAGUUCAAGGCUGAAAACUGCAUCGAGAAGUUUGUUGAACAUAUCACUACAAAGAAGAAGAAGAAAAUCUGGCUCAGGAAGGACAGGCAAGUGGAAUACCCUUAUAAAUAA